AAGAAGAGAGGAGGGGAAGAAAAAAAGAAGCGGCUCUCUUGCCCUCCCUCUCCCUCGUUUCCCGCGGAUUGACUUCAUGGCUUCACUGUACCAGCGGUUCAGCGGGAAGAUCAACACCUCCCGCUCGUUCCCCGUUCCCCCCGAAGCGAGUCACCUCCUGGGCGCCCAGAGCAGCGAGGAGGACGGCGCUGCCGGCAAGACCCCGCGUCCAUUGCAACAGGAAGGCAGCCGGCCCCGCUUCCAGUACCAGUCGCGAAGUGACUGCGAGGAGGAGGAUGAGCUGGUGGGCAGUAAUCCUCCUCAAAGAAACUGGAAGGGAAUUGCAAUUGCCUUACUUGUUAUUCUCGUUAUCUGCUCGCUGAUUGUCACCUCUGUCAUACUCCUGACACCAGUCGAAGAUAACAGCUUGUCUCAGAAGAAGAAGAUAACAGUGGAAGAUCUCUUCAGUGAUGAUUUUAAGAUUCAUGACCCAGAGGCUAAAUGGAUAAAUGAUAAUGAAUUCAUUUAUAGAAACCAGAAUGGCACAGUGAUUCUGAGGAAUGUCGAAACCAACAGUUCAACAAUAUUAAUAGAAAACAAAAAAAUUGUCUCCUUAAAGGCUAUCCGGUAUGAGGUGUCACCUGACAGGGAAUAUGCACUAUUUGCCUUCGAUGUUGAACCUGUCUAUCAGCAUUCAUAUACAGCAUAUUAUGUCCUCAGCAAAAUACCUCAUGGGGAUCCCCAGAAUUUGUAUCCCCCUGAGGUCAGCAAUGCAAAGCUUCAGUAUGCUGGUUGGGGUCCAAAAGGGCAACAGCUGAUAUUUAUCUUUGAGAAUAACAUCUAUUACUGUGCCCAUGUGGGGAAACAAGCCAUCCGAGUGGUCUCCACAGGAAAGGAAGGUGUUAUUUUCAAUGGGCUCAGCGACUGGCUGUAUGAAGAGGAGAUCUUAAAGACUCACAUUGCUCAUUGGUGGUCUCCUGAUGGCACCAGGUUGGCAUAUGCAACAAUUAAUGCCUCCAGAGUCCCCACCAUGGAGAUCCCGAUAUAUACAGGCAUCCUUUACCCUACUGUUAAAACUUACCAUUAUCCAAAGGCUGGAAUGGAAAAUCCAACUAUUUCUUUGCAUGUGAUUGGUCUGAAUGGACCCACUCAUGACCUGGAAAUGACUCCCCCAGAUGAUCAGAGAAUGAGGGACUACUACAUCACCAUGGUGAAAUGGGCCACCAGCACCAAGGUGGCAGUGAACUGGCUGAACAGGGCCCAGAACGUGUCCAUCCUGACGCUCUGCGACGCCACCACGGGGGUCUGCACCAAGAAACAUGAAGAUGAGAGCGAUGCCUGGCUGCACAGACAGAAUGAAGAGCCCAUUUUUUCCAGGGACGGUCGGAAGUUUUUCUUCGUCCGGGCCAUUCCCCAGGGAGGACGUGGGCAUUUCUACCACAUCGCCAUGUCAUCGUCACAGCCCAACAGCAGCAAUGAUGACUUACAGGCUAUUACAUCUGGAGAUUGGGAUGUGACAAAGAUACUGGCAUAUGAUGAAAGGAGGCAGAAAAUUUAUUUCCACAGCACGGAAGAUUCACCAAGAAGAAGACAUUUAUACAGUGCAAGCACAAAUGGGAACUUCAACAGGAGGUGCCUGUCCUGUGAUCUGAUUGAAAACUGCACUUAUUUCAGUGCAUCCUUCAGCCACAAUCUGGAAUACUUCCUGCUGACAUGUGAAGGUCCCCGUGUCCCGAUGGUGACUGUUCACAACACAACAGAUGCACAGAAAAUUUUUGAGCUGGAGGUAAAUGAAAAUGUGCAGCUGGCUGUAAAUGACAGGCAAAUGCCUAAGGUAGAAUACAUGGAAAUCAAGAUAGAUGAUUACAGAUUGCCAAUGCAGAUCUUAAAGCCAGCAACCUUUGCAGACACCGCUCACUACCCCUUGCUUUUGGUUGUAGAUGGGACACCCGGCAGCCAGAGCGUCACGGAGAGGUUUGAGGUGACGUGGGAGAGCGUCAUGGUCAGCUCCCACAACGCCAUCGUGCUCAAGUUCGACGGCCGUGGCAGCGGCUUCCAGGGUGCCAAAUUACUGCACGAGGUCAAGAGGAGGCUGGGCCUUCUGGAAGAGAAGGAUCAGCUGGAAGCUGUCCGGACAAUGCUGCAGGAGCAUUUCAUUGAUAAAACGAGAGUUGGUGUGUUUGGGAAGGAUUAUGGUGGUUACCUGAGCACUUACAUGCUUCCAGCUGGUGAAGACAACCAGGUGUUCGCUUGUGGAGCUGCUCUUUCCCCAGUGACAGACUUCAGACUAUAUGCUUCAGCCUUUUCUGAAAGAUACUUGGGCUUGCACGGGGUUGAUAACAGAGCAUACGAGAUCAGCAAAUUAUCACACAGAGUCUCAUUACUAAAGGACCAGACAUUUUUGAUCAUUCAUGCUACUGCUGAUGAAAAAAUCCAUUUUCAGCAUACUACAGACCUUAUCACACACCUAAUUAGGGCAAAGGCUAAUUACAGCUUGCAGAUUUACCCUGAUCAAAGCCAUUACUUCAGCAAUGCAGCAUUUGAGCAGCACUUGUACCAGUCCAUUGUCAACUUCUUUGUGGAGUGUUUCCAGGUUCCAGACAAACUCCCACUAGCCCCACUGAAAGAGGAGGAGGAGGAUGAUUAACCCUACUUGUCCGUGCUAAGCACAAGGCAGAUCUCUCUGACAAUAUGCAACUGGAUCAUUUUCCUGAAGAAAAAUAUGUUGUUAGCAUGUAUUAAAAAAAAAAAAAAACAAAAAAACCAACAAAAAAAAAAAAAAAAACCAAACUGAAAGCAGCUCCUCUGCUUUACUUGACAGCAACUCCUUCCUAAAUGGAAGAACAUUAAGCAUGGUGAACUCAGCAGAAACUGCUGUCUGAAAUAAAUCCAUCACAACCAACAUCUUCUUUUUCUUUGGUUGUUUUUUUUCUUUUCUGUCUCUUUUUUUUUUUUUUUUUUUUUUUUUUGCCACAAAAUCACAAAAUUACUUCUAGAGUGAAAAUGGUAAGAUGUUGGACUUGAAGGAACACCCCAAGAAACCACUUUGAGGACUGGAAGAUCUGAUGUCUCUUUGCAGUCAAGCAGUCAAGCAGUAGCAGUGAAAUCCAUCAUCCACAUUAAGGUUACUAUAGUUAGCAUCACACUGUGUCAGAACAAAAAAAAUCUAAUCUAAUAAAUGGAGAAGAUUAUAGCACAAUUAUUUUAAAGGAUACCGAUUCAUACACUUGCCUGCUCUCCUCCAUCUUCAGGAGGUUUGUCAUUGCUACAGGAUACACAAACCCAAUUGUGCAAAAUAUCACUAUAGUUACACCAACCUUUACCAUCCUGUAAUUAUUCUGUUAAUUCUGUAUGGCUUUUACUUCUGUUGUUCAUUGGGUCUCAUGUUUACCUUAUUAGCUUCUCAGCUUGUUCUGGAUGGGGAAAAAACAUAAAACAAAUUAACCAACUCACUCUAGACCUCAGGGGUCUAAUGAGGCAAUGGGACUUGAGCUACCCAGAUAUUAAAAAAUCUAUUGGAAUAAAGCAAAGAAAAACUCACUCUUGAGUUCCCAAAAUAGCUCUUGCCAACAAGAUUGAGUAUUUUCUUUGGCAGCCUUGAAAAAUAUGCACAUAAAUAAGCUAAAUCAGCUUACCUUGAGAUAUUUUUUGUUGCGAUGUAGAAAAAUAUGCGACAGUCAUGAUUAUUCUUUCUCUUUCUCUAAAGUUGCAACAAAUGGUUGGUAACCUGCUAGGGAACAGCUAGGUGAGGCUGUGGUACAGGAAUUUGUACCAGAGACCUCACACAUGAUCUUAUAAAGCCAUUUAAACAGAGACAAUGUGCAGAGAUUUAUUGCACAUGCUGUCUGUGGCUUACUUUUAUUCCAGGUCAAUUAUUAGCAUAUUCCAAACACAUUUAAUUAUCUCUUCUGUUCACACUCGUUUUGACAACUGUAAAAGGAAAAAAAAAAAAAACAAAAAAAAAGGAGGAUUUUUUGUUUUAAAAGGUCUAACUGUUCAUUUGAGCAGUGGAAAGCAACUUUUAAAACUUCUUGUGAAAACAUUCAGCUUUCAGAAAGGAAUCCAACCUCCAUCCACUUCCACGUGCUGCGUCAUAAGAAUUUUGACAGUGUCGCUCCUUGUAAAAUAUUCUGACCAAAUGUACAGCCAGUAUUAAUACUGUAUAUUUCAUUUUGUUGUAUAUAAAGGAAUGUAAGUCAGCUCUUCGUCAGAUCCCCAAUCCAAUAUUAGUCUUGUGUUUGACAUGCAUGCGGCAACACUUCUUUGCUGAUCAGGACUCCUUAGAAGCACUAGCUUGGAAAUAUAACAAUUAAUGUAAUUUCUUUUCUUGUUUUAACAGCUUGAAUGUCAAUGCCGGUUCCUACUUUUUACAUAGUACUGUGGGUAAACUCACAUCCUGACAGCAAUGAUGAUGUUUCCAUUGUGUUCUUUAGUGUGUCUUUUUUCUUACCUUUAUUUUAAGCUUUGAAUGUUGGUUGUACUUUGACCAUCAUGAAAAAAGUAUAUUGAUAAACCACAGGAAUUACCUAGUUUGGUUGGGAUUAUCUCCUUUAAUUUACAGUGCAUCGACAUUGUGUGAACAAGAACUACAGUGUAAAUCUGCUUUAUCUGGCAAAAUGCCAAAUAGACCAUGAGAAUGCUGCGUGUCCAGAUUUUGCUACGCUGAACAGGCUCGAGAGCCUGAAAUGAACUUGAACUGAGAAACUUAAAAAUCUGCUCUGUCCACAAUCUUUUGUAGAAAGAACUUUAGGAUGUGGCAUGGUAGUGUUUGUUCAUUCAUGGAAUAAAACAUUAUUUUACCA